GACCAUGGAGUUGAUAGGUCUCUGGGGUGACCAGAGGAAAGUGAUCCGAUUCGCUGCCAUAGCGUUUUGGAUGACCUUCAUGAUCAUCAUUCCGAAGAGCUGCCUGGAGUACGAUGGAGAGGGGUUCGAUUCGUUCGCCCGUGGAACCGCUGAGUUGAUAUACUUCACAGAUUUUGUGCUAUCCAUGGUUUUCUUUGCGUUCCGUCGCAAAUCUUAUGUCCGUAUGAUUACCAUUUUGCAGGACUCAUUCCAACAAUGUGCCAACGCGAACCAACCUGCUUCUUGUCGGGCGGCGAUCACCAACUUCAACCGGAGAAUUUUCCGAUUUUCUCGUGUCUACGCCUGUUUCAUCGGUAGCUGUCUGAUAUUCUACGUUCCACUCCCGAUGACGGCAACCUUCGUCAACUAUUUCUCUGCUGGGAACGGAACGGAACUCGUUGAGUUUGUGCUCCCCUUGGAGAACAAGUUCUACGGGUUGGACAUCCGACGAAACUUGGCACACUAUCUCAUCUACAUGAUCCUGCUGGUGCCGGCGGUUUGUGGAUCGGCUUGUCUGAGUACCGUCAAGGGAACCAUUCUGUUUACGAUAAUCCGCUACGGUGCUACCCUUUUCGAGUUGGUUUCGUUGAAAAUCGAUGCUCUAGGAAGAUCGCUCAAGGAGAUUGUUGAGCUUCAUAAGACUGCACUGGAGUUUGCUAAUUUGCUGGAAAGUACUAUGCAGCAUAUUCUACUGUCGCAGUUUGUCAACUGUAUGCUGAUUUCAUGCUUGAUGAUGUUCUAUAUUUCGAGUACCUAUGGGCCCAAUGUGGUCAACAUGAUAAUUUUGUUUGCAGUUUUGUUGGUAGAAGUGUUCGCCUAUUGUUACAAUGGAAACGAACUGAGUGAGAAAGCAGCAAAUGUGGCGGGGUCCAUUUACAACUAUCCUUGGUACCUCGAACCGGCCUCGAUGCAGAAACAAAUCCAGUUGAUGAUUGCGCGUUCACAGAAAAAGACGGGGAUAACUGCUGCCAAGUACUACUUCGUUGACAUCGAGCGCUUCGGACUGGUCAUGCAGGCAUCGUACUCGUACUACUUGAUACUGAAAGAGCGAUUCAAUGUUUAA